AUGUGGAAUGAUGAUAACAAAUUAAUAGCUUGCGCUGCAGCAUACUAUGUAGUCUGCACUGGAGAAUAUUUGAAAAGACGAAUGAGACGGAAAAAGCAUUGGUGGGUGGAUUCUUAUAAUAAAAGCCGAAAAAGGUACAAUGCUACUGACAUGCUGGUUGACUUAAAAAAAGAACCAUCUGGAAGAUUCCAUAACUUUUGUCGGAUGGAUGCUACUGAUUUUGAAAGUUUACUUAGUAGAAUUGCACAAACAUUAAUCAAAAAAGAUACAAACAUGCGGAAAAAUAUACCUGCUCAAGAGAGAUUGGCUGUAGCUUUAAGAUUUUUUGCCAGUGGAGACAGCUAUGGUAGUUUAUCAUUCUUAUUUAAGAUUUCAAAACAAACCAUAUCAAAAUGUGUUGACAAAGUGUGCAAGGCUUUAAUAGAAGAACUAAAAGAAGAAAUACAGUUGCCUAUGGAGGAGCAUCAGUGGCUAGAAAUCGCUCAACAGUUCGCUCAACAGAACUGCAAUGGAACUUUCCCAACUGCUUGGGGGCGAUAGACGGAAAACAUGUCGUUAUACAAAGCCCACCUAAUACAGGAUCUGAGUUUUUUAACUACAAAUCUCAUUUUAGUGUUGUGUUAUUGGGGUUAGUAGAUGCAGAUUACUGUUUUACGUAUGUAGACAUUGGAUGUCAAGGUCGAAUAAGUGAUGGUGGAGUUUACUACAAUUCAUCCUUAUACAGUAAAUUACA